AUGCAGACCAGAGACAGCAAUCCACCAGAUGGUGGCUAUGGAUGGGUUGUGGUAGUGUCAGCCUUCAUAGUGAUGGGCCUCACUGCUGCUGUCCUCAAGACUUUUGGUCUCUUCUUUGUUGAAAUCCAGGAGCACUUCAAUGAACUUGCAAGCACCAUUUCUUGGAUCACAUCAAUAACUAUUGCCACCUUUCAUUUAGGAGAUUUGGGAGUUUCGUUUUUAAACUUGUGCUGCCAUUUCUCUGUCAGCCCAGAUUUCUAUCUAUCCUCCUUUACAGCAGAAUACAACAGAACUAGGCCAUCUCUCCCUCACACAUGCGCGAGAGCCACUGGGCUUGACAUGCACAAUAAAGCUAUUACUUCUGCAGAUGCUUUAUUUGAUUGCUCAGGCAUGUCGGUCUGCUCAAUUUUCCUAACUUAUUUAUCUUGCUCCUGUUUUUCUGUUGAUCUAGCCCCUGUUGCCAGCUCGCUAUGUGUAAAAUACACCCAUCGGGCGGUUGUGAUCACUGGAGGACUUGUUGCAUUUUCAGGAAUGGCACUGGGUUGUCUUGGGCUCAACAUGAUCUGGAUGUAUGCAACAACUGGCUUCCUACAGGGGCUUGGGAUUUCCUUUUCAUGGACACCAGCCAUCAGCAUUGUUAGCCAUUAUUUUUCCAAGAAAAGAGCUCUGGCCAAUGCUAUUGCCAGUGCUGGAGAAUGUGCAUUUGCAUUUACAUUUGGGCCAUUUUUCCAGUGGUUAAUUGGUCAGUACGGAUGGAAAGGUGCCCUCUUGAUCAUAGGUGGCACCCAGCUCAACAUCUGUGUCUGUGGAAUACUGAUGCGUCCCCUGACAAGCAGCUGCCGUCUUGAGGUGAGCCACUCUGAACCACCACCAGGCAAUGGUGCAACUAAGACAGACAAAGAAGAGAAGUCUACCAUCACGCACAGAACCUUCAACUGGAUGCUUCUGAGGAGACCAGAAUUUGUGCUUUAUGCCUUGUUUGGCAUACUAGCUGCAAUGAGUUUUUUCGUUCCUCCGUUAUUUUUAGUUCCACUUAGCUACAGCCUAGGAAUAGACGAAUCAUGGACUGCAUCUCUCCUGUCCAUUUUGGCUAUGGUAGAUUUUGCAGGCAGACUGCUAUGUGGCUGGUAUGCCAAUCUCCACCUUAUGAAAACUAUUCAUUUACUGACAAUGACGAUUACAUUGAUCAGUACUUCCUUGAUGCUCUUGCCACUGGCUAACAAUUACCUGUCCUUGGCAAUAUUCACUGGCUUCUAUGGAUUUUUCUUCGGCACAACCGUCGCUGUUCACAUUACAGUGCUAGCAGAAGUUGUGGGCAUGUCAGAUUUUGACAGUGCUUUAGGGCUUUUCAUGCUCAUUCGAAGCACUGGAGGAUUUCUGGGGCCUCCUCUUGCUGGUCUGAUUGUGGACAUGGCUGGAGAUUACAGAGCAGGCUUCUACAUGGCAGGAGCCACUCUCAUCCUAGCAGCUGUAUUUUUAGUCAUUUUAGAUCAAUUUCAACAAAGAAGUGAAAGAGGAAACCAGACUAAUACUAAAUCAGAGAAGUCAGCAUUACCUUACACUUCCUUUCAUUUCCUGAAACUUCAGAAAAGAAGGUAUCAAGACCAUGAUGUAGUGGUGUGA